AACUUGAAGUUUGAAUGAAAUUGAAGUCUUGAACCCGAAUUUUGAGCGUUUCGAUUCGAUCAACGAUCAUCGAGGAUUUGGCUGUUUGGUCUUGGCCAUGCGUUGGAAUUGACCACAACUAACGCAGCCUCCUGGAUAUCCUGACUUUAACGAAGUCCUCGUCAGUCUACCUCAACGCUAUAUGAGCUCAGAAGAGAAUUUACCGAAGGUUGCCUUCCUCGGCCCUUUGGGUACGUAUUCUCACCAGUGUGCCCGCAACUAUUUCGGCGAGAAUGUCGAAUACGUGGACUACUCAACCAUUACAAAGGUGUUCCAGUCCGUUGGCCCCGAGGUACCAUACGCUCUCGUUCCACAGGAGAACACCAUAUAUGGUGCUGUUAUUGAAACAUACGAUACCCUACGGCUCCCUGAAGUUGGUGUCGAUAAAUUCGUAAGGGGGGAAAGGGCCAUCUCGAUACAGCAUUGUCUGGUUGUACGGCAGGGUGUGCAGCUCAAGGAUGUCGUGAAGAUCGUUAGCCAUGAACAGGCAUUUGGACAAUGCACGCGAUUCUUACAAGAUAAUUUUCCCAAUGCUAUCCUUGAGAAGCGGCCAUCGACGGCAGAGGCGGCACAGUCACUUCUCACUCCCGAAGAUGAUCUUGAGGGUGAACGUGCUGCAAUAUGUUCCUCUGUAUGCACUACGAUUUUCGAUGGCCUUGAGGUCGCUCGCUCUAGUAUUCAGAACGAGAGCGAAAACUAUACCCGUUUCUAUGUUCUAUCGACUUCGCUCCGAAGCACUCCGCCAAAACUGCCGUCCAAACCACAGCUACGACGUGCAUUGGUUCGAAUCGGUCUUCCAGCAAUAUCUAACCCAUCUGAAUCCUCUUCAAGGCUCACGCACCAUCGGCCACUUCAUCUCCUUGUCAGUACUCUCCUCACGAGCUUGGGAGUCCCGGUGACUCGUAUCGACCGACGACCGUCUCUCAACCCAGUGCCCUUUGAAGACGUUUACUUCAUCGAACUGGAAGAGCUUGGCACGCCGUUGGAGUAUCGAAGCAAGAAUGCUUCACCAAGUAGCGUCUCCGAAGAGGCUUGGCUAAACAAGGUUCAAACUGGUGUGGAUCGAGUGAAGUCGGCAGGCUUGGAUGCUGCAUUGAUAGGUCUGUGGUGAGGUAUCGUCCGUUCGUUAUGUUAUAAGGGUUACUGUUCGAUAUGGUCAUUACCUACACAACUUCUCGCUUUCACCACGCCUUGGAAGCUGGAUGAGUCUUUUGACAGAAGUCAAUUGCACUAAACUUUUACACAGUACGACCACCCUUGUUCGGACAAUUGCUCGAUAGUCAAGUACGAAUGCACACACACCUCUAGAAUGAUCAUCAGAAUAUCAGACCCUUCUUUCAAACACAAAAUAUGCUCCCAUGACGUCUGCGAAGGCGAUAGUAUAAAUACUUAGGGAUGCG